AGGGCGGGCCACGCAGUUCAGAAUGGAGCAACUGCGGGUCCUGAAGCGCGGGCUGCAGCAGGUCACCGGCCACGGCGGCCUGCGGGGCCUCCUACGGGUUUUCUUCAGGGCAAAUGAUAUAAGGCUCGGUACCUUGGUGGGGGAAGACAAAUACGGAAACAAAUACUACGAAGACAACAAGCAGUUUUUUGGCCGUCACCGAUGGGUCAUAUACACCACCGAAAUGAAUGGCAAAAACACAUUCUGGGAUGUGGAUGGAAGCAUGGUGCCUCCUGAAUGGCACCGCUGGCUUCACUGCAUGACUGACGACCCUCCAACAACAAAACCACUGACUGCUCGUAAGUUCAUUUGGACAAACCAUAAGUUCAAUGUGAGUGCUACUCCAGAGCAAUACGUCCCUUACUCCACCACCAGGAAGAAGAUCCAAGAAUGGGUGCCACCCUCGACACCUUACAAGUGACAACAGUGAACGCUGUUCCUAGCACUUCCGGGCUAGUUCAGGACUGUCCUUAGCUGACCAUGAGCUUGAUUAAAAUUGCUUGACCCAGCA